GCGUUGAGCCCAAAGUUUACCCCUCCAAGUCCAAAAAGAAAUACAAUAUAUCCCAAGAAAAAGUUGCAUGCAUGUUCAGUUCUCCUCUCUGUAUUAUAUCAAAAAGUUCCCGUAUCUCGUUCCUGCCUGCCUGCCUGAUUGCUUGCUUGCCUAGCUAGCUCUGCCUAUCCACCAUUCGUUUCGUACGUACACCCGUCGUCGUCGUCUGCCUGCGCGCCUUUAUUCCUGUGUGCGAUGACUUUUUAUCAACGUCUGUACUUGUACUUACUUGCGCCUCUGCGAGCGAUGAUGUACACAUGCAUAGUGUUGAGUUGCAUUGGAUGUGCGCUUUUCUGGGUGGGGGUGUAAGGAAAGUGCUCUAUUGUUUCCUAGCUGGCGUUCCCCAGAUACAGGAUAUUUUUUAGUUGAUUAAAUGCGACUAACCAAAAAAUACAAUAAUUUCGAAAUUGAUGGACUUUUGAUAAAUUAUGUACGGAGUUAAGUGCAAUUAAUGUGCGGUUGUCGGUUGUGAAUAUUGAAACAAGCCCAGGCCAAGAAGCAAAAAGAGAAUAUGAGCCAAUGGGAGGAAGUUAAUCACAUCAUGGCCAAUAUGCGUCGCACAAGUUCGCCCAGCGAUGAUUUAGGCAGUACCGAUGAGGUGAAAAUUUUCAAAGAUGAAGGUGGCCGUGAAGAUGAAAACAUAUCAUCGGAGAAUCUCUUCGAAGAGAAGUCCAGUUUAAUUGACUUAACCGAAAGUGAGGAAAAAAGUGUAGAGAUCUCAACACCGUGUGGUCCGAAUCGCAUGGACCACGAUCCGUCGGUGUUCAAUAUGGGCUAUUUGGUGGCACCAUAUUCAUAUCCGAAUGCGACAAUCGGCGGCUUGCCGGCCACAAUAGCAAAUCGAAUUACCUUAUACGAUAGUCUUCCCCCUCCCGCGCACUGUGGCAUACCGCCUUAUCAAUUGGAUUCGAAAGCCAUGGGCUUGACGAAACAAGCUAUGUACUCCCUUCACCCCACCCAGUAUCCUCAUCCCAUGUUGGGACCACCGGACUUGUCUCAAAUCGGCUCGUGGCACCCGCCCUCUGUAUAUUCACCACCAUCUAGUUUUUCCAUACCCAAUAUUUUGAAUUCAGUACACCACCGAGCACCUUCCAACAUGAUUGGCCCCCAUCAUCUGCCGUUGGCGCCCAGCCUGAAAGAGGAGUACGAUCAGGAGACCAAAGCGCCAACAGUCAAUCACCGGUAUUCGAAAAAUCCCUACAACAAGCCGGCAUCAAAAAAUAGUCAACGAGGAAACGACGAGAAGAAACCGCAUAUCAAGAAACCGCUGAACGCCUUCAUGUUGUACAUGAAGGAGAUGCGUGCCAAGGUAGUGGCCGAGUGCACGCUAAAGGAGUCGGCAGCAAUUAAUCAAAUUUUGGGUCGACGCUGGCACGAACUUUCCCGCGAAGAACAGAGUGUCUACUACGAGAAGUCACGGAGGGAGCGUCAAUUGCACAUGGAAAUGUAUCCGGGCUAUGUCCUCAAGAACAACAAACGAAAGCGAGAGCGAACGGCCAAGAAUGCCGCCAGUACAACGAAAUCUAUUGAGUCUGAAUCGUCGUCGUCAGUCUAUGGCGAAAUGAAAAAGUAGUGUUCGAGCAUAGCGUACCACAGACUUCACGUAAGUUGGAACGGGAGCAGUUAUGCCAUACGGCUGUCAUUGGCACAAAUGAAGUACAAUAUUGUAAACAUGGCGGCAGAAGAGACGAAUGGGAAGAAGAUGAAGAAGAAACAGGUGGUGAUGGCGAUGAUGUGGGUGUGGAUGAUACAAAGAAAGAGGAGUGAGAUGUGGAUGGCGAUGGCGAUGGAGGAGACGACAAGACUAUUGGCAACCACAAGAAAUCAUCAUCAUCAUCAUCGUCCUCGUCGUCGUCAGCGUCAGCAUACAAUCGAAUUUGAAAUCAUAGUGUAUCCAGUCCAAGUGAUUUCCCCCCUAGAUGUUCUAGUACUCGUAUAUCAAUUGAUUGAUGGUUCAGCAAUAUUGGCAAUAUUAAAGCAAAAACAACAACAACAACGUUCUUAUGCUGUUAUGUUAUGUUCUACAACAAGUGCUUCUGAUUUUAUACAACAACAACAAGAAAACAUGCAUUAUACACAUAUAAUUCUACAAAAGGAUCCACUUGCAUCACAAUAAAAUGGGAUAUUCAGGAUUCACUUGUGUUUAACCAGGUGACCAGAUUUGAGUCCAUGUGCGGACACCCAGUGAUGUGUGUGUAAGGAAUCAUUUAAUGAACGAUCUUUGUUCUACAUAAAACAUUAUAUACAAUACAAACUAGUCGAUAAGCCAUAUGUACAUGUUAUUGAAAUGCCAAAAAAACAAAGAAGUAAGAAACAAGAAGACACACAAAACAAAACAAACGAAAACAAAAACAAAAAAUAAGUAAAACAAUACAAAACAAACAAAAAACAAAUAGAUUAUAAUAAAUAAAUAAAUAAAAGAUAAAUGUUAAAUACAAGAACAAAUACAAUUUCACCAAAAAAAAGAAGUAACAUCAACGAAAUCAUUGCAUUCGAAUCGAAUUGUGGUGUGCAAAAAAAAAAAAACAUAUAUAGAUUAAUAUGAAAUAAAUUGGCUGUGCUUAAUUAAGAAUUAUAAAAAUAAUUGAAAAAAGAAAACAAAAAUAAAUAAAACUAACAAUUUGAUUCGAAUAA